GGCGGGUUAGGUAGAGGCAGAGGAAGCGGCAGGCUGGCAGCGAGCUUUAAAGUGACAGAGCUUUAUAUCUGUGAACGAAAAUUGCAAAAAUAAAGCGAAAGAUUGCGGUUUGCACUGAAAACACAGGUAUCCAUGGAGUCGUACGACAUCAUAGCCAACCAGCCCGUGGUGAUCGAUAAUGGAUCUGGGGUUGUCAAAGCCGGGUUUGCAGGAGACCAGAUCCCAAAAUACUGCUUCCCAAACUAUGUGGGACGUCCUAAACACGUGCGGGUGAUGGCAGGAGCUCUGGAGGGGGACCUCUUCAUCGGACCCAAAGCUGAGGAGCACAGGGGGCUGCUCUCAGUGCGCUAUCCCAUGGAGCACGGCAUUGUGAGGGACUGGAACGACAUGGAGCGAAUCUGGCAGUAUGUCUACUCCAAGGACCAGCUGCAGACCUUCUCUGAGGAGCAUCCUGUGCUGCUGACAGAAGCCCCGCUGAACCCCAGUAAGAACCGCGAGCGCGCGGCCGAGGUGUUCUUCGAAACCUUCAAUGUGCCGGCGCUCUUCAUCUCCAUGCAAGCCGUGCUGAGCCUGUAUGCCACGGGCCGGACCACGGGGGUGGUGCUGGACGCGGGUGACGGCGUGACCCACGCGGUGCCCAUCUACGAGGGCUUUGCCAUGCCGCACUCCAUCAUGCGUGUGGACAUCGCCGGGAGGGACGUGUCCCGCUACCUGCGCCUGCUCCUGCGCAAGGAGGGCUACGACUUCCACACCUCGGCAGAGUUCGAGGUGGUGCGCACCAUCAAAGAGAGGGCGUGCUACUUGUCGAUCAACCCCCAGAAGGACGAGACGCUGGAGACGGAGAAGGCUCAGUACACUCUACCUGACGGCAGCACUCUGGAUAUCGGGCCGUCUCGGUUCCGGGCUCCAGAGCUGCUGUUCCGGCCCGACCUGAUUGGAGACGAGAGCGAGGGGAUCCACGAGGUGCUGGCCUUCUCCAUCCAGAAAUCGGACCUGGACCUGCGGCGCACCCUCUUCUCAAACAUCGUGCUGUCUGGGGGCUCCACGCUCUUCAAAGGCUUCGGUGACCGGCUGUUAAGCGAAGUGAAGAAGCUGGCACCCAAAGAUGUUAAAAUUAAGAUCUCCGCGCCUCAGGAGCGAUUGUACUCCACGUGGAUCGGGGGCUCCAUCCUGGCUUCUCUGGACACCUUCAAGAAGAUGUGGGUCUCCAAGAAAGAGUACGAGGAGGACGGGGCCCGGGCUAUCCACAGGAAGACCUUUUAGAGGGAGGAGGAGGGGCUUCCCGGGACCCUCCGAGUGUGGGUUAGGAUUGCUCCAGCACCCCGAGAGAGAGAGAGAGGAUUGAGGGGGUCGAGAUCGGCAUGCCGCCUUCACCCCCUGCCCUUCCCCCUUCUGUAGUGGAUUAGCAGUGACACGUUGCCAUCCCAGCACAGGCUCCCCUCCUCCCCUGUCCCCCCCCAGGAGUGCAUCUGUAAAAUGGUCAACAUUCGAUGACUUCCUCAAAUGCAAAACAAA